AAUAUGUACAGUUGUUCGUCUGAAUCAUUAUUAAAAAUGACUCGCCUCUCGCUUUUUCUGCUGAAUGAAUGACAGUGAGGGGUUGUCAGUUUGGCCUUUCAAAGGCAAACUCCCCUCCGGUCUCCCAUGCAUCCCAUCAACCGACUUGUUCUAUUCCAAAAGUCUUCCUACCUUGCAGACGUCUAUCUCUUUUCGUAGUAUCAGUUCUUACGCUAGUAGCGUCAUCACGAAGUGCAAUUCCUUCUCAAUACUCAACUGUGCACGUAGCUGACAUUCGAGUGCAAUCACUUCCAUAUGAGGAAACUGUCAGACAUCGUGCUUACAGGUCAACUAUCUACUUGAACAAUAACCGCCUUAAAGAACCCCAGUGGACUAACGAAUCAGUUAAACAUAUCUCAUUUGAAGCCUUGAACCGAACAUUCAAUUUAAAAGUGUGGCCGAAAGAUCAGUCGGCCGAACAUCCAGAACUUAAAAUUGAUAUUUUGAACCAAUCAAAUCAUGUUUUCCAACAAAACAGUCUUCAUCAUGUUUCUUCAAUCUUUCUCGUAGGAAUAGAUAUCAGUCAACCAAAAAACAGUUCAGUAUCAUUAUACAUGGACGAUUCAAAGUUUCUGACUGGAUAUAUUAGUUACAAUGAUGGCCUUGAAAAUAUCUUCAUUGAACCGGCGUGGAGACACAAACACAGUGACAGCAUAGGAGUGAAAGAGUCUUGCUCCAUGUUGGUGUAUUAUGAGUCGGGACUGGAUAGUGAAAAAAUGCGGUUCAGUGAUCCGCCGUCUGAGGGGGAAAAGUCUGGCCAUAGAAGAUCUCAACAAAAAGGAGGCGGUCGAGUAUCGCGAUCGUCUGAUGCAUAUAUGGGCGAACAUACAAUCAUCUCGGACGUAAGGUGUCCCCUUCUGCUUGUGGCUGACUUCAAAUUCUUCCGCAAAAUGGGAAAUUCGAAUUGGGAGACAACGGCGUCUUACCUCAUUGGGCUCAUAGACAGAAUCAACCAGAUAUACUUGAAUACAGACUUUAGUUACACUGAGCGGAACGGACGCAAGCAUGAUAUAAAGCGAGUCGGAUUCCAGAUCAAGAGGAUCAUAAUUCACAGUGGGCCUUCUCUCACGCCUGGACACUACAAUGCAGACGAAGUGUGGCGCGUCCAGGACCUACUUGGUGCUUUCAGCAUGGUGCGUUCUCCUGACUCGGGACAGCAUGAAAGCAAAAGGGACACCUACUUUUCCCACGACCACUUCUGUCUCUGCCACCUGUUCACCUAUGAAGACUUAGACGACGGAGUGAUGGGCAUGGCUUACAGGGCAGAAGAGAAUCUGGGUCAUGGCAUCUGUGCGGGUAGCGGACGCCCGGCACACUUUGAAAAGAGGUUUUACACUCCUGAUCCUUUUGCCAUAACUCGCCGUAACACUGGGCUCACAACGAUGUUUAACUGGGGUUCAGCAAUUCUGACUCAGGCGGCGGACUUAGUUACAGGACAUGAACUCGGGCACAACUUCGGAAGCAAUCAUGAUCCCCCUGAGUGCAUUCCGUCUUCUAACCGAGGGGGUGCUUACUUGAUGAAUGCCAGGGCUGUCAGCGGUUUGCAAAGGAACAACAGAUUGUUUUCUCCCUGCAGUCGAGCCUCUAUUGGAAGAAUUUUAGCAAAUAGAGCAGACGAAUGUUUCGUGUGGGAGAGUGACUCGCAUGUUGGCUACUGUGGGAACUCCAAACUUGAUCCAGGUGAAGCGUGUGACGAGGGUCGGCGACUGCUGAGUGUAGAUUACGACACUGGAUCUAAUGUAUCCUCGCCAACUGCGCGUUGCUGCAACGAUUACUGUCAGCUAAUAGAUGACUUCCAGUGCUCCGACAUGAACGAGAGGUGUUGCAGGGGAUGCUACUUCUCCCCGCCUGGUGAGGUGUGCAGAGAGUCCUCUGAACUGUCUUGCACCCAUUCUUCCACCUGCACUGGGUCUUCUGCACAGUGUCCAGACGGGAAGCCACACUUGGACGGUACAGAGUGCAUUAACCAUGGAGUGUGUCAUAAAGGACAAUGCUCGUCGUAUUGCUACUCAGUCGGACAGGAACCAUGUGAAUGCAACAUGUUAGUUGAAGGCCAAUUUACCGUAUCUUCCUUCCCGUCCACCACCCGACACAACCAUCCGAAGUCGUCGUCGUGGCAGAAACCGUCUCCGCAAUGCGUGCUCUGCUGUCAGGAUGUUUCAUCGAAUGGGUCUUUAGUGGGAAAUUGUAAACCAGUGGCGGAUAUCAUUGCAGAGCGACUCGUGCAAUAUUAUGUAUACCCUGAUUACACAAUGUGCACUGGCGGAACGUGUCAGAGAGGAAGAUGUGAGUCUAAUAUGCACAACGAUGUCCUAGACUACGUCUUCUCCGCCUUUCGAGGCGACAAUGUCUGGCAGCAGUUAAUUAGUCUCUUCUCUCAGAACUGUGUGUUCUCAGUGGUACUCUUAACUCUCCUAUUCUACUUGCCAAUCUGUCUCUUGUUACACUUCUGCAUCGACAGGCCAAUUCUGAAAAUGAACAGAAAAACUACCAAUUCCUAUAUUCGAAGAAGGGCAAUUGAGGAUAUUCCUAGGUUGAAUCCACCAAAGAGUCCCUCUCCCAUUUCAGAAAUGGAUGCGCCUAUUGUGGCAUUCUUCCACAGGCUGCACUCGACCAGCCACAGUUCGGGCGAGGGAUGUCAACCGGUGCUCGAAGUGCAGAUGGAAGAUGAAUUCAAUGAAAGUCAAUUGUAAAAAUUGUUUUUUCUGUCUGUUAACCUUCCUUAUAUGAUUGCAUCUGAUCCAAAUCAUGAUUUCAUUUGUGGAGAAAGUAGUUUAAAAGUUGCGUUUUGCGUAAUAUAAUAGCA